UCUCUCUCAAAGAACAUAAAAAAUUUCCACAACAACAACAAUGGCAGAAAACGACUUCUCACUUAAAGAGACAUGUCCGAAAAUCGGCGGUGGGAGAUCAGUUCCCGGCGGCGAAAUGCAGUCUUCAUCAUUCGACCUCGUGGAACGAAUGACAUUUCUGUACAUCCGAAUCGUCAAGGCUCGAGCUUUACCUUCCGACGACUCAUUCAUCGAAGUCACGAUCGGAAGCUACAAAGGAAGAACUAAGAACAGCACAAACCCUAACCCUAACCCUGAGUUCCACGAAGUGUUCGCCUUUAACAAGGAUCGUCUCCAAGGAAACGUCUUGGACGUUACCGUGAAGGCCAACGAAGAAGUGAUUAUUGGUAAGUGUAAGUUCGAGGUUGCUGAGAUUCCGACACGUGUCCCUCCGGACAGUCCACUGGCUCCUCAGUGGUAUAGAUUAGAAGACAUCAACGGGAACAGGUUUGGUGGAGAGGUUAUGUUGUCUGUAUGGAUGGGGACACAAGCUGAUGAAGUGUUCCCUGAAGCUUGGCAUUCAGAUUGCGUUACCGUGAAUGGAGAAAACGCAGUGAUCGCACGGUCCAAAGUUUAUCUAUCUCCGAGGCUUUGGUAUCUGCGGUUGAACGUCAUCGAGGCUCAAGAUUUGGUUCCAUUACAAGGAAACAGAACCAAUCCGGAGAUUUUGGUGAAAGGGUUUUUAGGGAACGUUGUUGUGAGGAGCCGGGUGUCUCAGACACGAACCUUGAGUCCGGUUUGGAACGAGGACAUGAUGUUUGUGGCCGUUGAGCCUUUUGAAGACAGUUUGAUACUUAGCUUGGAAUGCAAGUUAGGUCAAAAGGAAGAGUGUUUAGGGAAAUGCGAGAUAAAGCUAUCUCAGGUCGAGAGAAGGGUGAUGCCGGAUCCUGUCCCGGCUAUGUGGUAUAACCUCGAGCGCGUGGUGGACACGGUGCCGGGAUUCGCCGGGAGGAUUCAUCUGCGGGUUUCGUUGGACGGUGGUUACCAUGUUCUUGACGAGUCUAUUCAGUACAGCAGCGACUACAGAGCUUCUGCUAAAGUUCUGUGGACUCCAGCCAUUGGUGUGUUGGAGCUUGGUGUCAUCAGUGCGUCCGGUCUGAUGCCUAUGAAGUCACGUGACGGUCGAGGGACUACUGAUGCGUAUUGCGUGGCGAAGUACGGUCAGAAAUGGGUGAGAACGAGGACGAUUGUUGAUACUUUUAGCCCUAAAUGGAAUGAGCAGUAUACUUGGGAGGUUUAUGAUCCUUACACCGUUAUCACCAUUGGGGUUUUCGACAACAUGCAUCUAUUAGUACCUGGGAACAGUAACGGUCCAAGAGAUUCAAGAAUCGGGAAGAUCAGGAUCCGUUUGUCAACUCUUGAAACAGAGAGGAUCUACACGCAUUCGUAUCCCCUCAUUGUUUUGAAACCUGACGGCGUGAAGAAAAUGGGUGAAAUCCAGCUGGCGGUUCGAUUCUCAUGUACUUCAACGAUCGAUAUGCUUCAGAAAUACUCAGAGCCGUUGCUACCUAUGAUGCACUACUUAACUCCACUGUCGAUCUACCAGCUGGACAGUCUUAGGCAUCAAGCAACUCAUAUACUUUCUAUGAACCUAGGCCGGACCGAGCCGCCGCUAGGAAGAGAUGUGAUUGAGUACAUGCUUGAUUUCGGAUCCAACAUCUGGAGUAUCAGAAGAGGGAGAGCUAAUUUCGAAAGGCUGGUGACGUUCUUCACUGCGUUUCUUGAUGCUUGGAUUUGGUUUGAUUCGGUUUGCAAAUGGAAGAGUCCGGUAACAACCGUUCUUGCACAUUUUAUCUUCUUGUUCAUUGUGUUUCUCCCAAAGUACUGCGUCACCUCUCUGCUGCUGUACUGCUUUGUGAUUGGUUUUUAUCGAUACCGUUUGAGACCGAGGCAUCCUCCUCACAUGGAUAUAAAGCUGUCUAAAGCGGAUUCUGCUUUACCUGAUGAGCUAGACGAGGAGUUUGAUGGGUUUCCGAGUGGGAAAUCUGGAGAUUUGGUGAAGAAAAGGUAUGAUAGGUUAAGAGGAAUUGCGGGGAGGAUGAUGAUGGUUUUAGGAGACUUGGCUACACAGGGGGAGAGAGUGAAGAAUCUGUUGAGCUGGAGAGAUCCUAGGGCGACGUUUCUGUUUUCCAUGUUUUGUUUGGUUGCUUGUGGAGUAAUCUUCUUGAUCUCCAUGAGACUGCUGAUGACUUUGCUUGCCUUCUACGUCAUGAGACACCCUAGGCUUAGGGUUUUUGAUAUUCCUUCGGUUCCUCAAAACUUCUUUAGGAGGUUGCCUUCAAGAGCUGAUAGUAUGUUGUGAUUUCUUUUUUAUUUGCUUUGAUUUCUUUUGAUUUUGAG